AUGGAGUUUAAAAUAUGGAGCUGUUUUUCAAUGAUUUUACUUAUUUCAUCAUGAUGGAACGUUCCGCCAGCUCAUACAGCAACUCACUACAACCCUAGUCAAAGUUACAACCCAAGUGGUGGAUACCAUCCACCACCCAACACUGGGUACCAUCCACCACCUAACACUGGGUACCAUCCUCCUCCAAACACCGGGUACAACCACCCACCUGCCCAAGCUCCUCCUCAGACAAUCAUCGUAGAGUCCGAGAAACGAGGACUCGGAACUCUUGCCAAGGAAGCUGCAGUUGGAGCCAUAGUUGGAGCCGGAGUCAACGCCGCCGUUAACCGCGUCAUUCCUGGAGGAAUUUACGGCAACAAUCAUCCAGGAUACGCCGCUGCACCAGCACCAGCAGCAGCCCCUGCUGCUCCUGGUGUGACCCACACUGAAAUUGUUUACAACAAUUACUACGGAAAUGGAACUGGUCCAGCUCCAGGAGAUCCUGGUCAGGCUCCACCUAAUUCAGGAGUUCCUCCGCAAGUCCCUGGUCAGUAUCCUCAGCAAGUUCCUGGGCAGUAUCCUGCUCAGCCACCUAGUGGUAAUUACUAUGGUCAACCACAGAACUCAGUCACUUACCGAACUAACAAUGCUGAAACAAUGUCUAUAAGCAAGUGCAGCGUUAUUAUUGUUACUAUUUGCAUGUUUGUUUUUGUUAAGGUAUUUUAA